AUGCUGGCCCUCCUGCUGGCCGCCCUGGUCUUCGCCCUGGCCUCCACGGCCUCCCCGGCCGCCGGGGCCCACAUUGUCGACCGCCAGGCGUACCUGGACUUCGUGCGGUCCAACACGGCCGCCGCCCGGCCGCCGACGCGCCGCCGCGACGCCUCCCCCCCACGGAGCGAGGCCCUCUCGCGCCCGGGCCUCGGCGUGGCAUCCGUCGCCCUGGCGGCCACCGCGGCCCCCGCCUCCGGCAAGCUCCUCUAG